AUGCGACCCCAAACUGUAGAGGUAUCCCACGACAUUGCCCAGGAUAUCAUUAAUCUCCAGGGCACUGAAAUUGCCAGCUUACGUCGUGAACUGGAUGCUGCAAGGAGUCGCAUAGCCAGUUUAGAGAAGACAGUAGUCGAAGGUGAUGAAUCGAAGGUGCUCUGUCAAGAACUUCGUAUCCUCGUCACGGAGGUAACGAAUGUCAGAAAUUUACAAGAGAAGGUUCAGAAAACCACGUAUACCAAUGAGAGUCUCCGCGAUGAACGCAAGAAUUUGCAAGAGCAGUUGAAGGAGACAAAGAACCAGAUUGAUGCACUGAAGUUACAGCUCUCAGAGGAGUUGAAAGACCAGAAAUCUUUAAUGAUGAGAAUCGCACAGCUUGAGAGUGUGAAUGAGGACUUAAAGGCCAAAGUUGAGCAGAGUAAUAAAGUGGAGCAACUUGUUCGAGAGCUACAAAGCCUUGUUGAGCUCGUGAUUGCUCAAAACAGGGCCCCCAAGUCACAUACUUCCGAACGGGAAGAUUUGCACGUUAGUCUGAAAUGCACACAGAUCGCAUUUGCAGAAGCUUCGUUACGGAAUGAUACAAUCUCAAGAGAGCUCUCGGAGGUAUGUGCAUCUCGAGAUGCUCUACAGAAACAAAUUGAGUGCUGUGAGGUACGGAAUGAUGUGAUCCAGAGCGAGCUCUCGGAAGCAUGCAUGUCUCGAGACGCUCUACAGGAACAGCUUAGUCUUUCCGAGUCGCAAAAUCUCACCCUGACAAAGGAAUCGGUGUUGCUGCGUGAAUCUUAUGAUUCACUACAGGAUGAGGUAGACCGCUGUAAAGCUUCUUGUGCAUCCUUGAGGAUGCAAGUGUUCUCCGAUCUCGGGAUGACUCCUCAGUCCAUGCCUGAGUCACUUCCGUCGUGUAUGGCUGAGAUUGAGUGCAUUAGCAGGCAAGCUAAGGAAAUGCAAGAUCAGAUACUCAAAGAAGAGCGCGAGAAUCGCCGGGAAACCCAAGACCUGAUGCAAGAACAGAUAUCGCGUCUCCUGGAUGCCGUCACUGAGCAGGAGAUUUCUUUACGGACUGCUCGUGAGGAACGUGACAAAUCACAGGAAAGUGCGGCCACCCUCCUCACCGAUAUGACUGUGCUUCUUGCAGAGAUUGCCGAGUGUCGGUCGGCGCUCGAUACUGCCAAAGCUCAAGAACAGUUGAUCGAGGCAGCAGUUGCAUCGCCAAGACCAGAGGCUAUCUCCGAUGAUUUGGGACCUGGUGCACCUGCUAAAGACUUUCCUGGUGAACCAUCUGAUCAUAACAUAGUCACUCAAUAUGCUGGGGUAGACUGUGCAAGAGUAGCAGAAUGGGCGGUACUCCCUCCUCGCGGUUUGGGAAAUACAUUCGACUCAGUAGAGACAAUGUUUGUCCCUUUUGCAACGCACGCGGUUAGCUUGGCCAUCAUUCAGAAGACUUUGUUGCCCUUACUAGAAGUGCUGCGGAUGUUUGUAUCACCUGUGCACAAGACUUGGUUUGGGUGA